UUGUAAAUUGAUGAUAAAAUUGAAUUUUUUUAUUUCUGUUGGAUUGCUGUGUGUGCGGUGUGUAUAAUGCUUGGUGGUGAUUGUGAGACGCCAUUUUGAGUUCUUGGUGGAAAUUUUUUUUUUUAAUUUUGAUAAAAGAAAGGAAAUUACAUAUAUUUUACUUAAAUUUUUAUGUAUUGUUAAUAUUGAGAAAAAAUUAUAAAAUUGUGAAAAAAAUGUGUAUGCUUUCUGUAUUUGUUUUAUUUUAAUAAUAUUAAAGUGAUGAUUUCUUCUUGUUUUCUUGAAAUCAGAGUGCUUCUGCACUUCUUUUUUUUCUAUAUUCAAGAAUGUGAAUACAAAUUGAUUAUUGAACGCAUUGUUGUUGUUAACGAUAUCAAUUAAAAUUCAAUUUUUAAUAGCAUAGUUGCCAAUUCAGCUCAUGAGUAAUCGGGAGGCUGAACUUGAUCGAAUCACUGUUAAAAUUCAUAAUAUGAAACGUAGCGCAUCGCGCGAUUCACCAAGAAAUAAACGUAGAGGAAGUAUGGGUCGUUACGAUAAUGGAGGAAGUUCUGAUGAGCGCAUGUCGCCUGAUCGUUUGCGCCGCCGCAUGGCACGUUCACCAAGUCCGCGAGGACGAUACAUGUCACCACCGCAUCGCGAAGAUUAUGUCCGAGUUCAGGCCGAUAGGCCAACUUAUAAAGUUUUAUGCGUGAGCGCACUACAUCCGAAAGCUUCCGAUGAAUUCAUCAAGGAAACUCUUUACAGGGACUAUAAGAAGUUUGGAGACUUCAGUAUUAGAAUAUCUCAUGACUUGGACGAACGCGUGGCAUAUGUGUGCUUCCGUACACCAGAGGAUGCCCGCGAAGCUAAGCAUCAUAAACCCCGUGUCAUACUUUAUGACAAAAUUGCGUUAGUUGAGCCAGUUUAUGAGUCAUCAUCGCGCAAUGAAUAUCGGGCUCGUCCUCGAUCAAUUACUCCUCCACCGGAGUAUGAUCGACAUUCUCAUUAUUAUCCUCGCUCACCGGUAGCUCCACCUGGGCCACCAGAGAGGCGUCGUCCUCCUAUCGACCCUUAUGAUCGUUAUGGACCACCACCGCCCGGACCGAUGCAUCAUCCCAGAGAAUUCCGCCCUGUCGUACAUCACGACUAUCUUCCUCCCCGUGGGCCACCAAUGCAUCACGUGCCACCUCACAUGCAUCCGCCACCGCAUCACUAUAUGCCUAGGCAUAUGGUGCCUAGGCCACAUAUCCCAUAUGAGAAGCCCGAAAGUAAGAAAGACAAAUUCCCCAACUACUUGCAUCACGUUCAGCCCGAAGACGAUCCGCUUGCUACCCGAACCCUUUUCGCUGGAAACUUGGAGGUCAAUAUCUCAGAUGAAGAAUUGCGUCGCAUCUUUGGCAAGUAUGGCAUCGUUGAGGAUAUAGACAUCAAACGCCCUCCACCCGGCACAGGCAAUGCCUUUGCAUUUGUUAGAUAUCAAAAUCUUGAUAUGGCUCACAGGGCAAAGCUCGAACUAUCCGGCCAGUAUAUUGGAAAAUUCCAGUGUAAAAUUGGUUAUGGAAAGGCAACACCAGCAACUCGCAUUUGGGUUGGAGGUCUGGGUGCAUGGACUUCUGUUACACAGUUGGAGCGAGAAUUUGAUCGUUUUGGAGCAAUUAAAAAAAUUGAAUAUCAAAAGGGCGACACAUGUGCUUACAUUCAGUAUGAAUCCGUUGAGGCAGCAACCACAGCAAUGAAGGAAAUGCGUGGCUUCCCACUUGGCGGGCCCGGAAAACGUUUAAGAACUGAUUUUUCAGAAAUUGCUGGAGCCGUAUCUGCUGCGUUCAAAGCAAAAUCAUCGACACCAGCUCCAUAUGAAGAGGGCGGUGAGUUCAGACGCGGAGAAUAUGACUAUCAUGAUCCGCACUACGAUGAAAUGGCACCUUAUCACCAUCCAGCACCACAUUACCAUCAUCCGUAUCCACCGCGUGGAGGACACCGCGGUCGUGGUGUUUAUCGCGGACGAGGAGCGUAUCGUGGCGGCUAUCACAAUGAUGUACAUCGACCACCACCAGCCGGUGCAACAGAAGAUGAAUGGCGUCGACCACCACCCGGAGAAUUUGACAGAGCUCGUUCAGGAUCACGAGAACCUGGUGUUGAUAGAUCGAGAUCUCGUUCUCCCAGGCGUCGCAGUCCCGAUUCGGAUUCAGAUUCAUCUACGAGACGUAAUGGAGCUUUGAGUGCUGCUCGCACACUCACAGACAUUUCUAGAAAAUGCAGCACUUUAUGGGAAGGCUCAUUAAUUCUUAAAAGUUCUCUCUUCCCUGCCAAAUUCCAUCUCACCGAUGGUGAUUCUGAUAUUGUUGAUUCUCUGAUGCGUGACGAAGAUGGCAAGCACAAUCUGCGUAUUACACAACGUCUGCGUUUGGAUCCACCUAAACUGGAGGAUGUUCAAAAGAGAAUUACUUCUUCUUCAUCGCAUGCGAUCUUCCUAGGAUUGGCCGCUCCAACAGCUGUUGUUCCAGCUGAUGAUGCAGCUGGUGGUGUGCAGACACGUCCACUUCGCAACUUGGUUUCGUAUUUGAAACAAAAGGAAGCAGCUGGUGUAAUAUCGCUUCUGAACAAAGAAACAGAGGCCACAGGAGUCUUGUAUGCAUUCCCACCAUGUGAUUUUUCAACAGAACUCUUAAAGAGAACCUGCCACAGUGUCACUGAGGAUGGUUUGAAGGAAGAUCAUUUGGUGAUUGUCGUAGUGCGCGGAGGAACUGCUUAAAUUAUUGUAAAGAGAUCUCUUGCGCUUUGGUGGGUCAAAUUAAUGAACAAAAAUCUCUAAUUUGUAGAGAUAAUGUAGUAGGUGUUAGAGAACGUUCAUAUUCGACGGUAUUUUUUUUUUCAUUUAUUUUAUAAAUUUAUAUAAACUAUAGCAAUAAAAGCUAUAAAUUAAAAAAAAAA